AUGUCUUUCGUGGUCGACCAGAUUCGGCGUAUCGACGGUGCCCUUGAUCGGCUGCAGCUCUCGUCCACACGUGCCGGCGAGAGCUUCUCGACCCUGAGUGCCGCAGAGGCCCACGACCCUGAGAAGACAGCACGCAUCGCGCACCUGCAGAACCUCAUCAAGAGCCUGUCGACCACGGCAAGCUCCAAAUCGUCGCUUGUACCUGGCGACAGGAUUCUGGAGACGCUUAAUCGCGCAGACUUUUCCAGUAGCUGCACAACGUGCGCUCAGUGGUUCGCACAGGACGACAGCAGCAGCAACGAUCCCUCAGGGAACGAUGCCAGCUACGAACACGAACUCGAGUGGCUGCUGCUCAGCAAGGCCACAACUCAAGCGUACGGCCAGGUCCUCAACACAAUUCUCGAACAAACAAUUCCCCUCGAAGACGACAUCUGGUACUGGGACGAUGUCCUCUCGACGUACCGCUUUGCCGGCCUUUACUCGAUACAGACGUCCCCGCUCAGGGUAUGGAAUUGGUCUAAGGAGAUCUACCAUGAUGUGAGGUCGAAGGGUGGAGAGAUGGCUGAUGGGUGGAGGCAGUUCUACGGGCUGGUCAAGCAGUCUGUGCAAGAGCGCAGUGUCGCCAACAUACAACGGCGUGUGAUCAGCCCACUGGCACUAGUGAGGAACGAGGGCAGGAGAAAGCGCGCGGCUCUCAAGAAGAUACGACUGGUCAACGCGAACGCGCUCGGUGUACUACUGGGCGAGGGUCUGAGCAACGAGAACAUCCACGAUGAAGGCUUGCAGUCGCCGCACCCCUUUGGCACACACGACAACAAGCACAAAUGGAAGGCCGUGGUCACCAAGAGUAUCGCACUGAUGGACGCCGUUAUCCAGACGGUCAAUAUGGCUGAACUUUCUGUCGAUAAGUUCGACGAGUCUGUUGCUGGGAUCACUCAGGACGACCAGUACUACGAACUUCACGAAGCCUCGGCCAACCAAGCUGCAACAGCACUGAAGCCAGCAGACGUCGCAGAUCGUCUGCACUAUCUUCUGCGACACGCCCUGCCCACCUACAAAUCAAGCUUCAAUGCUGUCGUUAAGGACAAUGGCCGACCAUCUCCUCUCGUCCGGUAUUGGCUCCCCGCUACCAUCUUCCUUCUUUCUGGUACGACCAUUCUGCGCAUCGCUGUGAAUCGUCAAGAAGAGAUCAAAACUUGGAUCCGUGAAUUCGGGCAGACUGUCAUUGACUUCUGGACCAACUGGGUGGUCGAACCUACCAAGAAGGUCAUCGGCACCAUCCGCCACGACGAAGACAGCGAGGUCUCUAUUAUGAGCAAGCGCAGCCUCGAAUCUGACCGUGCAAGCCUGGAGCGUAUGGUGGUUGACUUUGCUGUCAAGAACCCUGACGGCCCAGCUCUGAACGAGUCGCAGAUUGCGGACAUCAGGGCUAAGGUCAGAGAGGGCGAUCUCACCACCGUGCUCAAGUCGUAUGAGAAGGACAUUCAGAGCCCAGUCAAGGGGGCCAUUGUUGGUAAUCUUGCAAGCGCGCUGCUGAUCCAGGUUCAGAAGACCAAGGUCGAUGUUGAGCUUGCCAUGAGUGGCAUCGACAGCAUUCUCAAGAGCCAGGAGCUUCUCUUUGGCUUCAUCGGUCUGACACCUGGUGUGCUUGUCUCUAUUGGCGUAUACCGCUGGCUGAAGGGCGCCUUCAGCAGUCGCAAGGGUGUACAGCAAUGGGCGAAGCAGGGCCAGCUGCUGCUCAUUCUCAGGAACAUCGAUCGCAUCCUGACUGCCGCUAGGCCAACUGAGUUUGGAGAGAUGUCAUACCAAGACCACGGCCUGUUGCUCUGCGAGGUGCACCUUCUGCGACAGGCUGCGAGUGGGGUCCUGCCUAGGCGUAUUUUCCACGAGUUCUUGGUGGAGAUCGACGAGCUGGUGGAUGUGCGAAGUGGGCUGGAGAAGCAGCAAAAGGUAGUAGAGAGAAUACGCUGGGCUGAAGACUCCUUCACUCCCUCUUUCAUCACCACCAUCGGCAUCGACUUCAAGAUAAGGACCAUCGAGCUCGACGGCAAGCGCGUCAAGCUGCAGAUCUGGGAUACAGCCGGCCAGGAGCGCUUCAGGACUAUCACUACCGCAUACUACCGCGGUGCCAUGGGCAUUCUGCUGGUCUACGACGUUACGGAUGAGAGGAGUUUCAACAACAUCCGCACCUGGUUCUCCAACGUCGAGCAGCACGCGACCGAAGGCGUCAACAAGAUCCUCAUUGGCAACAAGUGCGAUUGGGAAGAGAAGCGCGCCGUCAGCACAGAGCGUGGCCAGGCCCUCGCGGACGAACUCGGCAUUCCCUUCCUCGAGGUCUCGGCAAAGAGCAACAUCAAUGUCGACCAGGCAUUCUACUCGCUUGCUUCCGAUAUCAAGAAGAGGCUUAUCGACAGCGCACGAUCAGACCAGGCGGCAGGCCCAUCGGUGAACGUUGGCGAUGCAGGGGCUGCUAAUGCUGGUAUGGGCGGAAAGUGCUGUUAA